AUGACCUUCACUUGUUUCUCUUUUUCUUUCCUUUUUUUUUCUUUUGAGCUUUUACAUUAUUUGUUUUCAUUUGCUUGCUUCAUUUUAUUUAUCGUACUUCUUUUCUUUUUUUUCUUUCUCUCUUUCUUUUUCUUGUAUUCUUCUGACUUUCUUUCUUUGUUAUUUUUCUUCAAUCUUUUAUUUUUGUUUUCCAUUAUUAACUCCUUUAGUUUCUUGGUUGGUUCUUUUUCUUUCAUUCAUUUUUCAUUUUCUUUGAUUUCUUUCUUUCUGUCUCUCUUUUUUUUUUUACUUUCUUUCUCCAUUUCCUUUUUUUUUUUUUUUUGUCUUUUGUUUUCUUCAGUUUUACUCCUUCCCCCUUUCCUUUUACUUCUGUAUACUUUUUCUUUCGUUUUUUCUUUCUUUUUCUUUCUUCCGUACUUGCGUCUUUCAUUCGCUUCUUUUCUUUUCUUCGUUUUUUUUUUUUUUGGUUUAUCUUUCUUUGACUUUGUUCUUUUUUCCUUCCUUCCUUCCUUCCUUCCUUCCUUCCUUCCUUCCUUCCUUUUCCUUUUUUUAUUUUACAUUGUUUCUCUCCUUAUCUUUUUUUCCUUUUUCUGUUUUCUUUUUUUUUUCUUUCUUUCUUUUCAUUUACUUUUUUUUGUUUUUAUCUUUCUUCGUAGUACAUUAUUCUCUUCUUUUUUUUUUCUUUGCUGUUUCAUAUUUUUCUUCUUAUUUUUGGUGCUUUUUCCUUCAUUUCCUUUUCGUCCUUUUCUGUUUGUUUCUUUAUUUCUUUCUCGCUUUUUUAUUGCUUUGAUUCAUCGUUCUUUUUCUUGUUUCUUUUUUUUUUCUUCUUCAUUGUUUAUAUUGAUCAUAUUUGGAAUUUUUAAUCUUUCUUUCUUUUCCUUCUUCUUUCAUUUUGCUCCUCAUUUCCUUUCUCUCUUUUUUAUUUCUUCCUUCUUUUCUUUAUUUUUUUAUUAUUAUUUUCCUUUGUAUUUUCACUUUUCUUCCUUGUCGAUAUGUUCAUUUACUUUCCAUUCCCUUUCUCUUUUGUUUUUUAACAUUGUUUCUUUUCUUCUUCUUUCUUUCUUGCUAUUUUCUUCUUCUUUCUUCACUUCUCUUUCAUUUCUGUCUAUUAGUUUCUUUUUGUGUUUUUUAUUCGUUUUUAAUUUCGCUUUUCUUUUUCUUCUUUCCUUUAUUUUCCGUUUUGUCACAUCAGUCACCAUCCAACCCCCCCUCUCUCUGUCUGUCUCUCUCUGUCUGUCUCUCUCUCUCUCUCUCUCUGACGGCAUCUCUUCGAUGUUUAUCUCUCCUCCCCUUUACAAUUCUUUCGUUUUUUUAUUUCUUAUCCCUCUUUCAUUCUACAUAUCGCCUCUCUCUCUCUCUCUCUUUCUUUCUUCUCUCUUUCUUUCUUCUCUCUUUCUUUCUCUCCUUCUUCAUGUCAUCCUGUCUAUCCCACCUAGUUCCACCGAUCUGAAAGUUGAGACCAAGCCAGUGUCUGUUAUACGCCGAAGCCCCACUGUUCCUAAAGCGACUUCUUUUUCCCCUUCUAUGUUUUAA